GAGAACCGAUUGGCGCCGUGACCUCCAUGUGAGAGCAGCAAGCUCUUCAUAAACAGUCCCAGUCAGUCCGGUCCGCUAUGGCUCCUUCCUAUUUUUAAAGCAGCGGCGGCGUAGGCAUUGUCAGUCUCUCCUCCAGCUCUUCGCCCCCGCCUCCUCCCAGUUCCGGCUGUGUCGCUCCUCCUCCUUCUCGCCUGCUCCGCUUCCUCCCCCCUUCCCCGCCCUCUGGGGUGUGCGCGCUCGGGGUACCGCCGGUCGCCACCGCCGAGUGCUCCGGGCGCUCCGCGCACGCUCUCGCUCGCGCUCUACCUCGCGCGCUCGGGGUCCCCUGGGGCUGGGGAGGCGCGCGGUGGGGGCGUGAGAGCCUCGGCCGAGAGGAGGGGGAGACAAAGAGGGGAGGCACCGGCGCCCCCCCCAGUCCCCGCUCCGCACCUCCUUCCUCCCUUCGGCACCCCCAACCCCCUCUCGGAUCAGGAUGUGGAUCCAGGUCCGCACCAUAGACGGCACCGAGACGCGGACCAUCGACGACCUGUCGCGUCUCACCAAGAUCGAGACGUUACGGGAGAAGAUCCGGGAGCUGUUCAACGUGGCCCCGGACCGCCAGCGCCUCUUCUACCGGGGCAAGCAGUUGGAAGAUGGACAUACUUUAUUUGAUUAUAAUGUUGGACUGAAUGAUAUAGUUCAGCUGCUGAUACGUUCAGAGCCUGAUGGUCCUACCACUUCAAUACAGACUAAGGGUGGUGAGGUAAAACCCCGUUCUAAGAGUAGCAGUAAAAGUAAAGCCAAGAAAACAACAAGUAGUGGAUUUUCCAAUCAGCCUUCUACAUCAGCUCGUUCAUCUCUUAUUGAUCCAGGGAUUGGAGUAUAUAAGAUAAAUGAACUGGUGGAUGUUCGAGAUAACACCCUUGGCUCUUGGUUUGAAGCUCAUAUAAAGAGUGUGUCAUAUAAAGAUGUGUCCCCUGCAACAAAACAACAUAAAGGUGGCAAAGCUAAAGCAAAGAGUGGCAAAAGGACUAAUGGAAAUUUAAGUCAUGAUCAUUCCAGAGGCAACACAAAUAAGUUGGACAGUGCACCCUCCACAUCUCGCUCUCAUUCUGUGAAUAAUGAAGAUGUUCUUUAUCAUAUCCAGUACGAUGAAUAUCCAGAAAAUGGUGUUUUAGAUAUGCCUCCCCAAAAUGUUCGACCACGAGCAAGAAAAAUCCUGAAGUGGAAUGAACUAAAUGUAGGGGAUAUGGUGAUGGUGAAUUACAAUGUAGAAACUCCUGAAGAAAGAGGAUUCUGGUUUGAUGCAGAGAUUACCACAUUGAAGGAACUCUCAAGGACUAAGAAAGAAGUUCAUGCAAAAAUUAUGCUAGGUGGACCAGAAGAUACAAUAAAUGAUUGCAAGAUACGGUUUAUAGAAGAAAUAUACAAGAUUGAAAAACCUGGAGCUCAUCCACUUUCAUUUGCAGAUGGACCUUUUACAAGAAAGAGUGGCCCUGAAUGCAAACACUGUAAAGCAGACCCAGAUAAGGAAUGCCGUUUUUGUUCCUGUUGUUUAUGUGGUGGCAAACAAGAUGCAAACAAGCAGCUUCUCUGUGAUGAAUGUAAUACGGCCUAUCAUAUCUAUUGCCUGAAUCCUCCUCUAAGCAAGGUUCCAGAAGAUGAAGACUGGUAUUGUCCUUCCUGUAAAAUUGAUUCAAAUGAAGUUGUAAAAGCUGGCGAAAAACUCAAACAAAGUAAAAAGAAAGCAAAGAUGCCAUCUGCUAGUACUGAAAGUCAUAGAGACUGGGGCAAGGGAAUGGCCUGUGUUGGUCGAACUACACAGUGUACUCUGGUUCCUUCUAACCACUAUGGACCUAUACCUGGUGUUCCUGUUGGAACCACAUGGAAAUUUAGAGUUCAGGUGAGUGAGGCAGGUGUCCACAGACCCCACGUUGGUGGAAUUCAUGGACGAAGCAAUGAUGGAGCAUACUCGCUUGUACUGGCAGGAGGAUUUGAGGAUGAAGUAGACCGAGGCGAUGAAUUCACUUAUACUGGAAGUGGUGGCAGAGAUCUUUCUGGUAAUAAAAGGAUUGGAGAACAUUCAUUUGAUCAAACAUUAACAAACAUGAACAGGGCAUUAGCCCUAAACUGUGAUGCUCCAUUGGAUAAUAAAAAUGGAGGAGAAUCAAAGAAUUGGAGAGCCGGUAAGCCAGUUCGAGUGAUACGCAGUGCAAAAGGACGAAGGAUCAGCAAAUAUGCUCCUGAGGAAGGCAACAGAUAUGAUGGAAUUUACAAGGUGGUGAAAUACUGGCCAGAAAUUGGAAAAUGUGGAUUCUUGGUUUGGCGCUAUCUUCUGCGAAGGGAUGAUGUUGAACCUGCACCUUGGACAGCGGAAGGAAUAGAACGGUCAAAGAAUCUGCGUCUAAGUGUUCAGUAUCCACCAGGCUAUGAAGAAGCCAUGGCAAGUAAAGAAAAGAAAGAUAACGUCAAAAAGCCACCUGUGGUAAAGGGGUCAAGCAAACGAAGCAGUGAAAAACAGAAAAGGUCAAUUGAUGGUCAAGUCGAGCCUGGGAGUGGCUCCAAAACCAGAAGAAUGACAGAUGGAGGGAAAGUUGAGGCUUUCCAACUGACCACACAGCAGCAGAGUCUGAUCAGACAAGACUGUUCAAACCAGAAGCUGUGGGAUGAAGUGCUUGCAUCUCUGAAGGAAGGACCAAAUUUUCUGAAAAUACUGGAACAGUCCUUUAUGUGUGUCUGCUGCCAGGAGUUGGUCUACCAGCCAGUGACAACAGAGUGCCUCCACAAUGUCUGUAAAAGUUGCUUACAGCGAUCCUUUCGAGCUGAAGUUUUCACCUGUCCUGCUUGUCGUCAUGACCUUGGAAGAGACUAUACUAUGGUUCCUAACAAAAUCCUGCAGACAUUACUUGACCAGUUCUUCCCUGGCUAUAGCAAAGGACGAUGACAUGUCCAGCUUGUACUCUUCCAAUGACUUUAUAGACAAUAAAGAGAAUUCUAUCAUGAGGAGAAAGACAACAGUGGACCAAUAGACUUAAUGGGACUCAGCAGAUUUUCACAUUCUGAAGCCGCUUACCCUCUUACCCACCUUGCCACCACUUUUUUUUUUUUUUUUGUAGUAAGAAAUCCAUUUAUCAACUGUCUUUCAACACCAAAAGGUAGGGCCCAAGUUGUUACUUAUUGACAACUAGUAUUAAUGAAAAUGGAGGCUUCAAUUCUGACUGGUUAGCCUAGUUGAUGCACAAACUUAUGAUUUGUUUUAUUUUGCAACUACCUCAGGACAGAGGAAAGGGAUUUGGGGAAUUUUUUUUAAAAGCUAAUUGGUCAACUGAAAUUUUAGCUCUCUACUGCCUCCUAAAUAUUAGUUUGUCUGGUCCAGGCAAUUUGACUUUCCAGAAAAAUAAUUAGCAGCACUUAAGCCAGAUUAUAUGGUGUGCAUAAUCCUUUCUUAAAUCAUCUUUUCUUCCAUUAUCAUGUUUUUUUAUUUUGUUUUGCAAGAAUGGGCUGAUUUUGGACUAUUUUUGUGAGCUUCAUUGUGCUUUCUUGUAUCUUAUGCAAGUUGACUACUAAUGACUAAUGAAAACAAUAUGGAUGCAUUGUUGCUACAUUAGUGUAAUGUGAUCUGUGUUUUUUGCACUUAAAGAGGUAAUUCAAAACAUUCUCAUUGUGUAAAAACAGUUUCAUUAAACAAGCCACUUUUGUGUUAGUUUAAAAUUUAUGCUUUCACUAGGUCUUGUUAUCAGUGGCAGUACAUCUACAGCGCAUUGCAGUGCUAGCUUGGAGAGGGUUGGAAUCGCUUCAUAUUGUGAUCUUAAAUUUUAUAUACAGUAUAUUCCCCCAAAGUAUACCUUAUUAAAUAUUUUAUGAUUCAAAAAAAUAUUUUUGUUGCCUUCAGUUGUACAUCUUUGCUUACAUCAUGAAUUUUAAGAAGUAAUCACUUCAGGAGUUUGUUCCAUGAGGAAUUUAUAUAGAAUAGACAUUUUGUACAAAAUUAUAUUUAAAUUUUUGUUGAAGGGACUAGAAUUACUUGCGUGGUCUAGUGGUUAAGUCAUGAAAAUUGAACUUGAGUUUGGUUGUAAAUUACUCUCUCUGAUUUCACAAAGUUCAUAAUAUGAAAAACUCUCCAGGAUUCCCCAAAAUACAGUUAAGCCAGGGCCAUCUCAUUUUAAGCAAGACUUCAUAUAUUUAAAACAUUGGAAUACUCACUGAGAUCCAUUUUUUUCACGUAAGGAAAGAGAAACACAUCUUAAUACAUCUAGAGAUGACUUACAUCCACAUCUCCAGUUUUAUAAUGGGCUAUGAUUAUCUCUUGGAGCUCUCCCCUAUCAACCUACGUAAAUGAGUUUCAGUUUGGGGAAUGGGGGGCUACUCAAAUCUUAAUUCUUGUCAUUUACUUCAAAUAAGAUUACAUUUUACUUUUCCAAUAUUCCUGCGAAAUAGGUAUAGCUUAUUCACUGCACCAUAUCCACUUGGUAUAUAACUGCUGAGAAGACUUGCUAUUUUAGAAAGAAAAUCAUUUUACAAACAGGAAUGUUCUACUGGUAGGGCAGGGUAUUAAAGUCCUUAACGAGUCAUCUGUUCUUGUGACCUUAUGACAUACGUCAUAAGCAGAAUGCUAAUAUUCUUAGUUUUUAAAGAUUAUUAUUAAAAUUUUCAAACAGCAAUUUUCCAUGCCCUUUUAAAGCAGCACAUUAAGCUUAUCCACCUUUUAUUUUUAAUGUCAUCUUCGUAUAACAGCAAAAAAAUUGAAGUAUGGAUAAAGUUGAGUUUGGAUGAAAUUACCAGAAAAUUCUUUGAAUUUUUUCCUGUAGCUUCAUACCAGUGUCCCUAAAAAUGACUGGCUUUUAUUGUUUGCCUCACUUUUGUAUUUCUGUGAUAAAGAAUAAGAAUAGAAGUUUUUAAAUGAGAAAUAAACAUAGAAGAAACUGCCUCAUG